AUGCGCACGGAUAUACAACGACGCGGAGUAUUAUCAAGACUUUCCACAGUUGGACUAAAUGCAAGUAUACCUAGUGCAAACGGUUGCGAAGACCUGUUUAAGCAGUACAAGUCUCUCUUAUCACCUUUCACGCAUGCGGAACCCGUGAAACACAAUAAAACACAUGCAAUCAAAACAACCGGAUCCCCAGUCCACGCGUCACCCCGUCGUUUACACCCAACUAAACUCCGGGUGGCUAAGGAUGAGUUUGAGAAUAUGCUCAAGCUGGGAAUAAUAAGACCAUCUUCUAGUCCUUAUGCCACACCGUUACAUAUGGUCCCCAAGAACGAUGCUGAUAGUUGGCGACCGUGUGGAGACUACAGACUUCUAAACGCUCAGACCGUGCCAGACAAGUAUCCAAUCCCCCAUAUCAAGGACUUUGCUUUAUCUCUGGAAGGCGCUACUGUCUUCACCAAGCUAGACCUGAGAAAAGCCUUUUAUCAGAUACCUAUCGAACCGUCUGAUAUCCAUAAGACAGCGAUAACGACACCAUUCGGUUUAUACGAAUUUAUCCGAAUGCAUCUCGGACUCCGUAAUGCAGCGCAAUCUUUCCAGCGUCUCAUAGAUGAGGUCCGUUGUGGUCUGCCGUAUGCUUAUGAGUACAUUGAUGACGUACUAAUAGCAUGCAAAACGCCCGAAGAAAAUCGCGACUAUCUUCAAUCAGUGUUUAAAAGAUUACAACAUUACGACGUUCAAUUUUAA